AUGAAUCUGUCGAGAGUGUUAGUCCAAAGGCUUAUUGGAAGUCAAAGUGCGAUCUUUAGAGCGAUAUAUAUGGAGAAGAGAAUGAGUAAGGCACAACUGAAGGAUGUUUGUAUAUCUUCUGUAGUUGCUGUCGUUAUGAAUGAAGAAGUGCCUGUUGAUAUUGGAGGUCUUGUUAUUGCUGGGUUGAGCAAGAUUUUGUCAAGAAAGUUAAAGUAUUUAUCAGAAGAGUGUGGAGGAAUGGUACAUGUGAUGUGUGAAGGAUCUGCAGAGAAGGUGAAAAAAAUAGGCCAGGGAGUGGUUAAGGAAAUAACUCUGGGAAUGGAAGGACUGUAUAUUGACGACGAUAUGAUUGAUCCUGAGGAGUUUAUUGUUCUUGAGGAGCCUGAGGAGGAUAUGGGAAUAAGCAUUGAUGAUAUGAGUUUUGGAGCAAAUAUGAGUGGAAUUUCACUUGCUGAGCAGAUUAGAGAUGACUAUGACGAUGGAUCUAUGGGAAGGAGUGCAACUGAGGUGACUCAGAUUCCGAUUGAAGAGUACAGGGAGAAGAGAAGAAGGAUAGUCGAUGAUGGCGAGACUGAGUAUGAUGCACAAAUGUUCAGAGAGAAUCUGCGUGAUACAAGAGAUAUUGUAUGUAUGAAGAGAAUUGAUUUUAUGGAUGUGAUGCGAUCAAGGCUGUUUGUUGCACCUGAGAUUCUGUGUAGGAUCAGAGAUGAAAGCAUGAUGCGUAGAGAGAGUGUUGAGGGAGUGCGUGAUGAGAUGUUAAUGGAUUCAUAUAUGGACAUUAGCUUUAGAAAUGAAAUAGAAACUGAUAAUGAGCAUAAUGAAGUUGAUAGUGAAAACGAUAGUGAAAAUGAAGAGAAUGGAACGAAGAUGUAUUUUGAGAUUGGAGAGCUGGGAAAGAGUUUCAGUUUUAACAGUGCGGUUGGAAACAAGAGUAGAUAUGAAAGAAGCAAAUCUUUUUUUUGUCUUUUGAGUUUACUUGGGCAGGGUAAAGUGAUUGCUAACCAGACAGUGCCGUAUGACGUGAUUAAAUGUGAAUUGUGUUAA